UGAUCGUCUGCAGUAAACAAAAAGUCGGGAGGUUCAUGACCGUGUGUGUUUGAAUGAAAUUACCAUGAAACGAGGAUCAACACGGCGAACAAAACAGUGACAAAUUCCAGUUCAACUUCCCUUCUCCCCAAACACCCCAGUCAAGGAGGAGAAGGACUCAGCGAUAUGUCAGCCGAAGUAGCAUCGAGUUCGGCUGUCCAGGAUGGCUCGAGGAGGACCUUAUUCACCCCGCAGGAGAUCGACCAAAUCGCCAAGUUCCUCGUGUCCAACCAGAGGAGAGAAAGGGAGAAUGUCAUUAUUCCGAGGUCCUUUGUUCCUGUGGUGAUCAAGGGGAGGGAAGAGAAGACAGUAGAAGCGAUAUUCGAGAGCUGUCCUUUCAAGGCGGUGCUGUCUCUCAUGGCAGGCUUUGUCCUUGGUGGUGGUAUUGGUCUAUUUGCUGCCAGUGUGACACCAACUAUACCAACACCAGAAAAACCUACACAGUCAGCCCGAGAGGUUCUCAGAGAAUUGAAAGUCUCUACAAUUUCAUAUGGUAAAAAUUUUGCUGCUAUAGGAUUCCUGUUUUCAGGGAUAGAAUGUGGGAUUGAGUCGUAUCGUGGGAAGAGCGAUUGGAAAAAUGGAACAUAUGCUGGAGGUCUCACAGGAGGUCUUCUUGGAAUUAGAGCUGGAGUGAAGGCUGGAGUGCUGGGUGCCUGUGGAUUUGCAGUUUUUUCCUUUGCUAUUGAUUACUACAUGAGAGGAGGACUCUGAUUUCCUUUCUAUUAUUUUUUUGGUGGGUGGAAGGAAAGAUUUCCCUUAAUGGCUUCCCUUAACAUUGUUUAUUCAUGUGGCAAGAUGACAGUGAUGUCCUCUAAAGAAUUCAGUACCUGUAAAUUACAACAUCUGAAUUUAGAGAUUUGUGAUAUAGAUUUUAUGCUUUCAGAUAGUUUAUGGGUUAAAGAAAGAUUAUAACACAUGCAUUUGAAUUCCUCAUCCUAUUUGUUGUUUAUAUGAGCAAAAUAUAUACAGGUAACAAGCAGUAAGUCUGCAGAUUAUUGUAGAAGUUAUUUCAGAAAUCAUCUUAAAUUGAUAUAAAAUUUGUAAAUCACCAAAUAUUUGAAAAAUAUUACUUCCAUGAUGAGAUAAUUUAUGGGCUUAAGAGAUUUUAAAAUUUAGGAAAAACUGUUCCUGAGAGAAAAUAUUGGU